AUGCUCUGUUUGGGUUGCUCUGGACGACAUGGAGGACGAGGAGGCGAAGGACAAGACACGGACACGGCCUCGCAGGUGCCCGCGCUCCUUGAUGCCCCAGAGAUUCGCAGAGCUCCGCCGAGCGUCAUCGCGCUGCUGUGUGGUAGAGCACCGACCGCGGCCGUUGUGCAGACUCGUGCGGCGAAGCUCAGCGGACGGACGUGCGGGGCCAUCGCUCGGGACGCCAGCCAUGGCCGGUCAACCCGAGAGGGGCUUCCAGCCUUGCACGCGCUGUGGCCGAGAAGAAGUGGAACGAGAAAAGAAGAGUGA